AGUACAGAUUCCCGUUUUUCUCACAGCCCAACAUUCCAAUGACCGAUCCGGCAGAAUCACCCAGUUCAGUGGCUUCCAGCGCCAGCGGUUCUCGCCGUACCAGUCAACCUUGCCCGGUGCAUUCCAACAAACGGGGCGAUCUGUUCUGUCUAACGUGUGAGUUGGUUAUUUGUAGUAAGUGUGUGACCGAUUCCCGGAAGCACGGACGGCAUGUGGUCGAAACCGUGAAGGAGACCUAUACGCGCCGAUUCCAGGAAACACAGAUUAAAUUGGACACACUUGAUCGUUACAUCGAUGCACAGCGGCACAACGCUGAACUUCGUACAAGGCUGUUGGAAGAACUUCGCGAAAAUGAAGCUGCCCUCAUCGAUCGACUGGAUCAGAUCAUCAACGAAGCUAAGGCGGAGGUGGCAGAAAUUACGAAUGAGAAAGCCAUCCAGCUGGAUCCUUUGAGGCUGACGACUAAACUGAAGAGCUAUUAUCGGGAUGAACUGCUGACUGAGAUCGCUAGUCUUAGCGAUGGAGAGUUUUUAGCUCAACAGGCAGAUCUUAACAUCAGAUGUGACAGCCUAAUGAGUACAUCGGUGCAUAGCACACUGGUUGCUCCGGUAGAUUGCUGCAAUGUAUCGUGCUCCCUUCUACCAACAAUCGAAAUGGAUUCCCAUUGCAUUAACAUUGCCAGUAAUAGCAGUUUCAACAUUUCCUAUGUUGAUCAAUACGGAUACGGAUGGAGUUUGGAGCUCGAAAUUAAAACACUGAUUAACACAUUGCCUACAGUGUGUCUGAAUAAACUGCAGCUCAAUGUCAAGAUGGAAGGUUCCUGCAAGCCCAAAGGAAACUUCCAAGUCGUACUUAAAAUCGUUCACGAUCUACCGUUGAAGACUAUCACGCAACACAUCCCUUUUAAGUCGCUCGGUCCGCCUAAAUCCCGUAAUAUUUCAACGGAAAUAGCCGACGUACGUAACCUACGAAAUGAAGGAUUCGUUACCAAAGACCACCUGUUGCAAUUAAAAUUGGGCAUAGGUCCAGAAGAUCCGAUAACCGAACGGAACUGCUACCAGCAGAUCCUGGAAAUGCACCGAAAUAAAAUAUGUACGUUGAAAUGCGAACUCGCUAAUUGGAAGAAGUUCAACAUUAGUUACUUCCGCGUAGAGGAAUGCCCUGUUCUGAAGUCCAAACGGUCAAAGACGAAGCAUUCGACCGUGAUAAUGGACGAACAUGGUACCAAGUGGCAAUUGAAGGUGUCAAUCAACGGAAUGAAACACAAAGGAUUCAUCGGUGUUUUCCUCACCAAGUGUAACGGAAGCAAGGGAUGGUACGAUUACUUCAUCGAGCUGAUCCAUCCUCAAUCGGAGAAGCACAAUCGCAUCGUAAAGGGUUGUUAUCUGUUUGAUGUAGAUCCGUUGGAAUUACCACAGUUCAUGACGAUUGCUUUCCUGGAUACGUUUAUGGACGAUGGAACGUUGCGGUUGCGCUUCGGCACGAGGAAGGAUCCGUAGGAGUAGAUUAAUUUGGCUGCUGAUGGAAUCUACCUAUAAUUUCCAUCAAGGGUUGGAAUGAUUUUAGCUACGGUAUCUCUU